AUGCGGUCCAGAGGCUUGUGUUUGCCUUAUUUGGAACGCAAACUAAGUGUCAAAAAACUUGGCAAAAAUCUCCUCCUUGUCAUUGCAGAUCGAGCUCCCAGAUCAGGAGACAAGGCACAAUGGCAAAGAGACAUGUGUUACUCGUUUGCUUUCCCAGCCCAACAGGAGCUUGCAUGCAUGAAAGCUGCUUGCAAGGUUAAGAGGGCCUAUUGCCUCAGGACUGGUAUCACACUCAAGGACACCAAGAAGCAAAAAGUACAAGCGCCAGGCAGCAGAGCUCAAGCUGAGCCGCCAGGUGACCAAGCUCAAGUUGGACCAUGCCAAAGCACUGGUCACCAUCAGCCAGUCCUUCUUGACAAAGAACCAAAGUAG